GACUGGCGACCACUGCAAGCUCGCCUGGUAUCAGAUCGCGAGGGCUGGGCUUCAAGCGAUUGAAAAUGCUGCCAGUGGAUAGACGAAAAGAGGAACUGGAGAAGAAACGAGCGCGGAUCGCCGAGUUGCGACGUGCGAAAGAGGAAAGGAAAGUUGCCCUCCUGGAUGCACAGAAGAGGGACUCUGUAGGGAAGCCGACAAGGGACAGGAAAGACAUCGACGACCUCGUUGCGUCGCUAGUCGGAGACAGACCGAGCUCAAGGGCUUCCAGUACCGAUGAAUUACGAUCCUCCUCACCAUCUCUCUCAUUCACUGAGCCACGAAAGCAUGAUGAAAGGGAGACAAGAAGCUUGCGACAAGACGCAGAACCGCAACCGGAUGCUAUUGCUUCCGCUCAGGAGAAACCCCAGCCAACAUUAGCUUCCGCUGAAUUCAUUUUUCUAGAUGUUGCGCCAAAAGAAAAAGUAAUGUACACCAAAGAGAUUCAAACUGAGACUCUUUAUGUGGAGGAGGCUGGUACUAGUGAUGUCGAAAAAUCUCAAAAAUCUGCCAAUACGCCAGAAUCCGUUGAUGUGCUCGUCCAACCUAUCCCGGCCUCCGAGAACAUGUCGACUGUUGUAACGCCGCAACCACGAGAGCUGUCAGAGGAUGAGCGCAAGGCGAUCGUAGCAUCGGAGACCUUCCUUGAUUUCUUUGAAUACACCACUAAACUGGUUGAGCGGGCGUUGAGUGACACAGCAUAUGACUUUAUGACAGACUACACCACAGGAGAUUCGGGUGUCAUAGAUCGCGCUGAAGGGAAGACUGUGAAACUGUUCUGCUCAUUCUCUGAUGAACGAUGGACAAGAAAUCGCUCAGUAACUGAUGUCAGCUGGUCACAAAAGCACCCAGAGUUAGUGUUAGCUUCCUGCGGAAAAAACCACGCCGCGAUUAGCGAGCCAGACGGGGUCGUACUCAUCUGGAACCUGCAUUUACGGGACCGACCCGAGUUCGUAUUCCAAUCUCAGUCGGAUCUGACUGUAGCACGGUUUGCGGACUUCCAUCCAAAUUAUAUUAUAGGAGGGACAUACUCCGGACAAAUUGUCAUCUGGGAUACGCGUGCCAAGAAUUUACCGGUGCUCAAGACGCCCCUCUCCGCUGCGGGUCAUACCCAUCCCGUAUAUUCAAUGACGAUUGUGGGCACACAAAACGCACACAAUCUAGUAUCUGCAUCAACAGAUGGACUUGUCUGCUCGUGGCAAUUGGAUAUGUUAGCUCAACCGACGGAGAUAUUGGACCUCGUUCAUCCAACGCACGCCAAAACCGACGGUGUAUCUGUGACAACAAUGGCCUUCCCACAUAACGAAACGGCGACCUUUUGGAUAGGAACAGAAGAAGGUAGCAUUCAUCAAGUUAAUAGAUAUGACCGAGCUGGAAGUAAAGCAGGGGUCAAUGCUCAGGAUAUAUACAAAGGACACUACAGCAUGGUUACCGGAUUAAAUUUUCAUCCACCGAGCGGCUCUGCGGAUUUCUCAGAUCUAUUCUUGACUUCGUCCGUCGAUUGGACUAUCAAGCUGUGGAGAGCCAAGUCAAUUCAAAAGGCACCAACAUCUACACAAACUAUAACCCCUUUAUAUUCUUUUGAAGAGGCCGACGACUACGUAUAUGAUGUACGGUGGUCCCCUGUACACCCGUCAGUUUUCGGGUCGGUAGAUGGAAGUGGACGCUUCGAUCUGUAUGAUCUCAACCAAGAGAUGGAGGUACCCAUCGUCAGUAUGCGCGUAGGACAAGGACAUGCUCUCAACAAGCUUGCUUGGGACAAGGAGGGACGGCGAACUGCCAUUGGAUCGUCGGAUGGCCAAGUUUUUGUGUACGAUAUUGGAGAGAUGUCCCAACCCCGGAGCGAUGAAUGGGCUUUAUUUCAACGCACUUUAGCCGAGAUUGAAACCAGAUAGUUGUUUAUAUACUGUAUCUAAUUGUAUCAGAAUAUCACGAUGUUGUGUAACCCA